AUGGACGUCUCCCUCCAGGGCCUGUCCCUGCGGCGACUGCGCAUUCCCUCGGACGUGCUCCCGCUGCCGCCUUCCGUCGACCCGUUCUCCCCGCUGCAGACCCGGUCAUCAAGGAAGCGGAAACGGUCUGCCGAGGAAUCCGCCGCAUUGGGCAGUCCCAAGUGCUCUGCACGGGCGUCGGCGGUGGGUGCUAGCUCGGCGAGGAGAUUGAUGGGCGAUAUCACUUCGCUCGACGUGUCAUACAACUCGCUAACCAACCUGCCGUCGCAGCUGGUCAAUCUCUCGGCGCUGGCCGCGCUCGACGCGUCCAACAACAGGAUUGGUCUUCGUGGAACGUCGUUGCCAGACGCGCUGAGCGGCCUGCGCAACCUCACCCGCCUCGAUCUUUCGUGGAACCGGCUGACAAAGCUCGCGCCGGUGCUGGGCGCGCUUCCGGCGUUGACCUACCUCAACCUGGCUGACAAUCGGCUUCAGGAAGUGUCGGACUCGCUCGGAGGCCUCGCGAGCACGCUGCGGACUCUCAACAUUGACGGCAACGAGGAGAUUGGCAAGUUUCCGCCCGUCAUUUCCAAGCUCACUUCGCUCACCGAGCUGUACAUGGAUGCAACGUCGCUGUCCAAGAUUCCUGGCACCCUCUCGCGGCUGACCAAGCUCCAUUCGCUCACGCUCGCCGACAACAAGCUCGGCCCGGGCUCGUGUGCCGCAAGCCUCUCCAACCUGGUCUCGCUCCACAACCUAGUCCUUGACUCGAACAGCCUCCGCGCGGUGCCGUCGUUUGUCUCGGCGCUGCCCCAGCUGGCGUGGCUCUCGCUGCGCUCCAACCCCAUCGCCUCGCUUGCGCCGCUGGUCCGUGUCACCUCGCUCGCCGAGCUCGACGUUCAAGACACCCACAUCGAGACGCUUCCGGCACGCUUUGCCUCGCUGCCAUCGCUGACCUACAUCGGCGCCGACUCGACCGAGCUCUGCGAGCUGCCGCCGGCGCUGGACGCCGCCAUGACCUCGGGCCGCCUCGCCAUUGGCCUGCCGUACCACAUGCGGCCGACCGACCCGCCGGCAGCGGUCUCACCUAUGACUUCGCGCGCCUUUCGGCUCCGGCAUCGCCACAACGCACGUGCACCCAAGAGCCCGCCUAAGCCGCGCGCGCCGUCGCCGCCCAUCGAUCGCACCAUCUCAUUUGCAGAGCCCGCCUCCAUCGCCUCUGUUUGCUACUUUGACCGCUCCGAGACGCCUUCGAUGAUCGGCCGCUCGUCCUGCCCGCGCGUCCGCAUCACUGAACCGGCUCCGCCGGCCCUCAACCUCUCUGCCGACAACGGAAGCGGCGCUGAUGAUGGCCAACCCGCAGCUGCAGGCGUGGAGGACCACGACGCCAGCUCGUCGUCGGCCGCCUCGCUCUCGCUCGACUCGCCGACGCGUUUUAAACCCUAA